GCCGGGUGUCGCCUCAACGGAAGCCCUGGUUGACUCCUCCGCGGCGGAGUCUGAGGCCCCGCGCGGCCGAUGUGGCUCACGGGGGACUCGCCGCGGAUGCUGCGACCCGGAGGUGAUCCUCGCAGGCAGGAGAAUCAGAGGCAGAAGUUCCUGUACUUUCCAGCAAGUCACAGGCUGUCUGCAUCUCCAGAGUGGUCAGAGGACAGCACUUGGAAGAUAGGGAAUCCUGCAUAGACCAGAGUUCCAAGCAGGCCUCUUCUGGAACACUGAAAGAGGCAGCGCCUCUGGAGGUCUGAGCCGCAUCACCGACUCCCUGUGAAGGUUCCUAGACCUGCCGUUCCUGGGGCAGUAGAGGCCUCACCCCGCAGUAGAGACCUGCCGGGUCUCUGUUCAUCCCGCGAGAUCUCGCGUUAACCUCGGCUACUGGAAAUAUGGCUGCAGUGAGUGAACCCGCGAUGGAGAAAACUGUGACAUCUGUUCCUGUGAAGAGGGAAAAGGAAGAAAACGAACAAAUUCGUAAACUCUUCAUUGGUGGCUUGAGCUCUGAAACCACAGAAGAAAGUCUGAAGAACUACUACCAGCAGUGGGGAGAACUCACAGACUGUGUGGUCAUGAGGGGCCUUGCCAGUCAAAAAUCAAGAGGGUUUGGUUUUGUUACUUUCUCCUCCGUGGCUGAGGUGGAUGCAGCCAUGGCGGCCAGACCUCAUUCCAUUGAUGGGAGAGUGGUUGACCCCAAACGUGCUGUUGCGAGAGAGAAAUCUGAAAAACAGGGGUCGCUUGUCACUGUGAAGAAGCUGUUCGUUGGUGGAAUUAAGGAAGAUACCGAGGAGCAUCAUCUUAGAGAGUACUUUGAGAAAUAUGGAAAAAUCGAUGUCAUUGAGAUCAUUACUGAUAGGCAGUCGGGCAAGAAAAGAGGCUUUGGAUUUGUGACUUUUGAUGACUAUGAUCCCGUGGAUAAGAUAGUAUUGCAGAAAUACCACACCAUCAAUGGUCAUCGUGCAGAAGUUGGGAAGGCUUUGUCGAAACAGGAAAUGAAGGAAACUCAAGGUUCUAGAAGUAGAAAAGGAGGCCCCUUUGGUUUUAAUGUUUCUUCUAGUGGGGGUGGAAAUUUUGGACGAGGGCCAGGAACUAAAUUUAGAGGAGAAGCUGAUGGAUAUGGAAAUGGUCCCAGAUCUAGGGGUGGCUGUCAUGGGUAUGGAGGAGGACCUGGAGGUGGUAAUUUUGUAGGUUACCCUUGUUAUGGAGGAGGAGGUGGAGAAUAUGGUGGUCGAGGUCCUGGGUAUGGCAACCAGUGGAAGUUCUCUGGAGGUGGUUAUGGCAAUAAUUUUGGAAAUUACAACCAGCAACCGUCUAAUUACGGUCCAAUGAGGAAUGGUAUCUUUGAUGUUGGCAGGAACAUAGCAGCCCCAUACGGUGGAGAAAAUUAUGGCCCAGGAGGCAGUGGAGGAAGUUGGGGUUAUGUAGGGGGAAGUGGAUACUGAGUGUUUUCCUCUUUGCCCUGGGCUUCACUGUCUGAAUAGCAGAGGAUGAGAGCCCAGACAUAACAGAACAGUUUCAGGUUAUUGAAAUAAGAACAUUAAGAAAAUUCUUAUCUCAGCCAAGAAUAAAUAUUUAGCGAUGUGUCAGAAGAACUCAGAGCAGGUUCAAAGAGUCAUUUUUGUGAAUGGACUGGAUUAUUUAAGAACAUUACCUUCCUGUGGAGGAAAAAUUGUGAAAAAAACUGACUUUGAUAUAGUUUCCUAGUUUCCUAGCUUCUUAAUUGUUUCUUUCUAGUGAGAGUGUAGAAGUAUUCCAUCUUUGAUAAUGUUAAAUGUGUAAGUUUCAGCUGACAUGUGAGACCUUUUAAAUGGUUUUUCUCAAAGUUUUGAAGCUAUUAGCCAGAAUCAGCACAAUAGACAGAAUGUUGUUCGUUUAAAACUUUGUGUCUGUAGAGUUAAG